GAUGAGAGACAAACGAAGACUAAUGCUCGAACCCCCAAACCUAGAGAGAGAAAAAGACAGGAAGAGAGAGGAAGAGAGAAUUUGAUCACCGGAUAAGUCCUAGAUUCCGGUCAUUUCUCAGCGUCGACGGGAAUUUUCUCCGAUAUGGUUGCCAAAAAAUCCUCAGAAAGGCUUCCCGCCGGGUGGACCGUACAGUAUAAAGUCCAAAAGGCUGGUCGAAAAGUCAAGAUCUAUACAAAUUUGGAAACUGGGAAAGAGUUCUUUUCCAAGGAAGAUCUUUUAAACUAUAUUGAAGCGGGAGGUGAUCAUUCUAGUGAGCCUCAAUCAACUAAUAGUCACAUAACAAAGCAUGCAGAAAGGACUCCUUCGCAACCUGUAAGUGACGAAGAUAAGCUUCCCAAAUGGUUACCCAAGGGUUGGAAAGUUGAGGUGAAAACCCGACAGAGUGGUUCUCUUGCUGGAAAAGAGUAUAAGUGUUACAUUGACCCAUUAAACAAAUGCAAAUACUAUUCCAAGCCCGAAGUUCUUCGAUAUCUCAAAACGGCAGGAGGGCGCAAGACCAGUAGACAAGGAGAAGCUAAAACAGUUAAGGAUAAUAGCUGUGUAUUCGAAGAUGCCAAAACAGUAGAGGAUAAUAGCUGUGUAUUCGAAGAUGCCAAAACAGUAAAGGAUGAUAGCUGUGUAACAAAAUAUGCCGAAACAGUAAAGGAUAAUGUCUGUGUAUCCAAAAAGGCCAAAGCAGUUAAAGAUAAUAGCUGUUCAUCGAAAGAUGUCAAGCCAGUAAAGGGCAAUAGCUGCAUAUCAGAAAAGAAGGCUGGAACCAGCAUGUACUCUGCAGACAAAGUUGUUGAGAAGUGUGAAGCGGAAGAUUUACCUCCAGGAUGGACAAAAGAGCUCAGACCACGAAAAAAUUCAAAAGUUAUUAAACAUGAUCCGUAUUAUACGGAUCCGGUUAAAGGAUAUGUAUUUCGCUCCAAGAAGGCGGCAUGGCACUACAUAAAAACUGGAGAGGUUGGUAGACAGGUAAUUAAACCAAAGGAUUCUGAAGAGUCAAUGAAGGAUGAAACCACAUCGUCAUCCGCAGCUAAAAGGCAAAAAAUAGAUCAUCCUGCAAGCAGGCAAGAGCUUUUUGCAGGUAAGAUGGGUUCUGAGAAGAGCAAUAUAGAAAUGCCAAAAACUAGAGGCUCAAAGAUAUCAAGUGCCAAGAGGGUGUCCCCUGAAGCCAAGGUCACAAUUUCCGCUAGAGAUGAGACUAUCCAGGAAAAGCAUCUGAUAGAUAAUACAACUCAAGAGUUUGUUGAAACCAAGGAAAAAAGUGAUCUGAAAAAGUCUUCAAUGUUAAAAGUAGAAAGGUCCAAGAGACGUGGAGACAAAAAUUCACCACUUUCCAAUGCUGGAGCGUCUAAGAGAACUCGAGGAGCAAACGACACUGCCAAAGAUAGCCCUGUCUCAACACCUGCACCUGAUAUCCUGAAAGAAAAGACUUUUCUUAAGACAGUGGAAAAGAGCAAUGUCAGGGAAGCACAGGUUACUUCUAGAAACUCAAAGGACACGAAAGUGCAUAACUUGCCUCCCCGGUCUUCAAAAAGGCUUGCGGGAGCUGAACCUGAUAAGGUGUUGAACUUGGAAUUGGGUGAACGAGCUCUUAAAACUGAAAUUAUAAAAAGCAGAAAGACUGAAGUCAUUCAAGAUGCAGGUUUGACUUUAGAUGUUUUGGCAGAUGGAUCACCAGCAAAGCUUGUGACAAGUCUAGAAACAAAGUUCGUAGACCGUGCUUCUUCUAUCUCAAAUGAUUCAUUACUCAGAGAUUCAUCAAAGAAGAGCUCAGAAUCCCUUAAAGACCAGGUGGCUCCAGAGAAGUUGCAUGUAAAUCUGGAAACUGAUCAUCUGAAUGACAGUUCAGAACCACAGCUUAGUCUUCUGUUUGGCUCAGACCCAUGCCUGGACUUUGCAUUCAAGACUCUUUUAGGUGAAUUACCACUGGAUGAUUCUCCUCUAGAGGGGCCUAUUUUGACUCCGGAAGAUGAUUCUCCUCUAGGGUGGCCUAUUUUGACUCCGGAAGAUGAUUCAGUACAACAUAUCUCGCUUGAGAGUGUUAUCGAAAAAAGCAGUACUGAAAGAGUUCGCACAAGCAGAAAUAAACCCAAGAAUAAGAAAGAGCCUAAGUUGCCUCAUCGAUCGUCAAAGCGACUUGCUGGGGCUGAACCUGAGUUUGUGGCUAAGUCUGUGGCCAUUGAACGAGCUCCUCAAAGUGCUAGUAGAAAGCGUAAAGAUAAAAGCACUAGCUCAUCCACAAAUGUGCUGCCUGAAGCAAAUCAGCUGCUUGGGGCUGAGCCAGAAACGAAUCAGCUGCUUGGGUCUGAGCCAGAAACAAUUCAGCCUGUUGGGGAUGAGCCAGAAGCAAAUCAGCCUGUUGGGGCUGAGCCAGAAACAAAUCAACUUGUUGCUGAGCCAGAAACAAAUCAGCUAGUUGGUGCUGAGCCAGAAAUAAACCAGCUAGUUGGUGCUGAGCCAGAAACAAAUAAGCUUGGUGUUGAACCAAGAGCUGAGCCAAAAACAAAUCAGCUGCUUGGGACUGAGCCAGAAACAAAUAAGCUAGGAUCUGAGCCAGAAGCAAAUCAGCUGCUUGGGGCUGAGCCAAAAACAAAUCAGCUGCUUGGAGCUGAGCCAGAAACAAAUCUUCAAACUCAGUUACCUAAUACAGACACUUCAAUGCAGGCAGAACCAAUAAAUAAAACAUUGAACACUUUCAAGGAUUCUGAGGCCCCUCAGGAGCAACAACAGAUGCAUGAGACUCAAAAGGCAGAACCUGAGACCUUUUCAUUUGUCGAUUAUUGGUCCGACCCUUGCCUAGAUUUUGCAUUUAAGACUCUGACCGGUGUUAUACCAAUAGAGGAAAGUUUUGCACAGGGCGAUUUCCGAGCACAAGUUGAUAUCUCUCAGAACCAAAGGAACGGUGGUUCAACACUGCCGGAUUUUGGCUCACCUAGCUUGUUUCAAACUGACAUAUCAUCCCAGUUUGAUACACCAGAAAAGUCUAUGUUAGGCCCACCAUCGUCAGCAUCGACUCCUACAUUCCUGCCUGCAGGAAAUGUGAAUUUUCCUAGUUGCAGUGGUAUUCAUUCCCAACAACAGUGCUUGGAAGGCAAUAAUAGUAACAACGAUUUGCAUCAAAAGCAGGUCAUGGACACUCUCAGUCGGAAGACUCAGAUUAUGGACACUCAGACUCAGUAGCCGGAGGAAGACUCUUUCCAUCCUCCCAAACUCUCCUCUUCAGCACCGUAGUUGUGCUCACGGCGUACCUAAAGAUGUAAAACAAGCAGUUAGCUCCAUCAGCUUUUCUAAUUUCAGAUAUGAACUUUGAAGUAACAAAUGUUAAAAGAUUAAAAGGUACCUCAGGAAUGAAAUUGAGGCCAACUCUGAUCUCUCCACGAUAUUCUUGGUCCUUUACUACGUUAUAAACAGUUGGUGGGAUGCUUCCUUCCGUAAACAAAGCAUCUAGUGAGAUACUGCAACAACAACAGAACACAUACAUAUGUAUGUAAGUAUAUUUUUUCAGAAUAUGAAAAGGGUUUGCAGGAAUCGAAAUGAAGUAAUUCAAUAUUCAUUGAGAUUAUGGUUUAUACUAUGAACAUGUUACAAAAGUACAAACAAUACAGGUAAGUGAAAUGCCUCCAUUUUCACUACAAAUGUUAAACUUGUAUA